UGUGUCCAGACCACCCCCAUGGCUGCAGCAGCGUUGGUACGGUCCAGACGCACGGUCCCUGUGGAGGAGCUGCCGAAGAGCGCCGGAGUUUGGAGACGAGCGCGAGCCGCUUCACACGGGCACAUCAUGGCGCUCAGCGUGCGUCCGCGCGCUACCGGGAGUAGUCCGUCGCCCAGAGCUGCACUCCUCAUGUUCACGUACUUUUUAACAGGCACAAUGGGCAGUGAGGUGCUUGUGCCGGAAAGAGUGAGUGCUGUGUUGGGGAAGAAUGUCACGCUGGGGUGCCGGGUGGAGGUAGGCGCCAACCUCAGUCUCACCCAGAGCUCCUGGGAACGUCACUUGCCGUCAGGGACCGUCACCCUGGCAGUGUACAACCCCCAGUUUGGCACCUCCAUCCCCAGCGAGUAUAAGCAGCGUUUGUCAUUCCGCUCACCCUCACCAUACGAUGCCACUAUUGUGCUCACGGAUGUGGGCUUCUCCGAUAUUGGCACGUACACUUGCAAGGUGGCCACCUUCCCGCUGGGCAACACCCAGGCUUCUACGUACGUCACUGUCCUAGUUGAGCCCAAGGUGUAUGUGUCAGCGGGUUCCACCCCACUCCUGGAUGGUGGGAAUGAGACUGUGGUGGCCACCUGCACAGCUGAGCGGGCAAGACCCCCUGCAGAGGUGUCAUGGGAGACAGAGUUGUUUGGCCAUUCGCAGGUGCGCCAGCAGGUGGAGCCCAAUGGCACUACCACCACUCAAGUGCAGUAUACCUGGCACCCCACGCGCCAUGCCCAGGGACACAACAUCACCUGUGUGGUGAGACACCCAGCCCUGCAUACAGAUUUCCGGAUUCCUUACCAGCUCAACGUCCAAUUCUCUCCAGACAUCACAGUAGUGGGCUACAGCAGUGACUGGUACGUUGGGCAGGAGAAUGCUCAGCUCCAGUGUCGAGCCAACGCAAACCCACCAGCCCACUUAUACACCUGGACCAGACUGGACAGUGACCUUCCUGGGGAUGUGUACAUUUUCAACAACACCCUGGUUUUCAGCCGCCCCGUACGCCGCAAUGACUCGGGAGUCUACAGGUGCGAGGUGGAGAACCGCAUUGGCUCGCGGAGUAGGGACACGCGGAUCCGGGUUCAAGAUAUGUCCGAGAAACAGGCUCUGUCCAUGGUGACUGUGGCUGGGGCUGUGAUUGGAGCAGUUCUUGCCCUCUUCCUCCUCAUAUUUUUCACCGUUGUCAUCCUCUCAAGCCGCAAAGCCUCGCAUCCGGUCUACACGGACAAAGUGAUCGAUCUCCCUCCUACCCACAAGCCCCCUCCCCCCUACUCAGAGAGGCCCGUGUCUGUACCGCAGGCUACAAACCCUGGACAGGCACGGAGAGUGGAGCGACAAACCAAGAUGACGGAGAACACGUCUGCCAAGAGUGCCCAGUGUGAGGCCCGGGGCCCCAUUCGCCAGCCUCUGUCCUAUCAUGAAUGGAUUUGUCAUCACAACGGUGCAGACCGCAUCUACGUAAACCACCGCGAGCACUAUGUGUGAACGGGUUGCGUGAUGGGAUGCGUGCCUUCGGUCCUCCACCCCAUUACACACUUUUACCAUCCACAGUGACCACAUGCACCACCCCCAGAAGCAGCCCUGCUCCACAUCAACCCUUCAGUUACGAGUAUAUUGCCAGAACCCAAAGGACAACAAGACUGUCCUGAUGGCCCCUAAUCUGAAUAACGGGUGCUUUGACACACUGAUUAUUUAGCAAUCGGCCCAAUCACAUGAUAAAUUCCAUAAAUACCUCGUAAUAGUCUAGCAAAUAUGCUUCUCUUCACCUCCCACCACUGACUGUAGAUUGAAAACGGACUUUGUGAAACUAAUGUCAUGAGUUUAAUUAAAUCAGACCGCACACCGAGUCUAAUAUGCAUUUCUGUUCCCUGGUCCAGUCCCGGUCUAGUCCCGGUCCAGUCCCAGUCCCAUUAUGUUCCCAUUUGCCAUUUUAACGUCGGUGCUUCAGAUCAAUAAACAAAUGGUUCAAGAGUACUCUGCACACUUUAACUCAGGGUGAAGAGGUUAUAAGCAGGUGUUUUCUGCUUUUAAAGGGAUAUUAAAUAGUGUGCUCCGCAGUGUUGAUGCACAUUCUGCUUCUGCACCUGUGCACAUUUCAGAAAUACUGCUUUCAAUGCCAGCAUUUACCACUGAUUUUUUUCUUUAAAGCACAAUGUAUAUGUUACGACUCAAAUGCACGGUUCACUCUUAAACCAGCUUGUCUUACAUGCAGUUUUACAGCACCUGCUUCUGAAGGAUUAAAUGCACCUGUUUGCUAAAAAUGAGGAGGACUGUUUUUCUUAACCAGGAUAUGCUGUUUGAAUAUAAGCAUCUAUAUGUAGACAAAUUAGUUGCUAUAAAUAAUGCUGUCAAGUUGCAGGGCUGCAUGGUUGGAUUGACCACCUGCCCUAAGUAACGUCCUGUCACCAUGGCCCUCCGUCUUCACCAUACGUUGUCAACAGAUGUCUCUAAUCUUCAAGAAGCAGGUGGCAGAGUGUUAGGCCAACUGGACCGAGUCCUUCUAGGAUCAGUGAAACAACAUUAAAAUUUUGGUUUAACACACAGUGUCUUGCUUCUAAACCACAAAAGGAAAUGACAUGACGAAAAGUACGGAUUGAAUUUGAAGGCACCCAGAGUCUUAUGUUUACUGCUCAGCUUUUCAGGAUGUUUCUGCAGAUCUCUUGUAUGACACACACAGGUUAGGCAGUGAGGCGAUGAUGUACCACAAAGUAUUCCCAUUAUAUGUGUACUCAGCAGGAAGAAAUAGCUCAGUUUUCUACACAAUAGACUGAUAUCAAUGAAAUAGAUGCUUACUGAAGAGAUGUACAUAAUUUUGUAGUUUUUCCACUGUCUUUUGUAGUGUAUUUUAUUCUUUA